AUGGCCAUUAUCCAGAAGCUGCAUCGCGCCGUGCUGCAGGCCGUCGGUGGCGGCCGUGGCCGCGCUCUUAGCCUCCAGGAAAUCGAGCCCAUUAAAGCGCUCUGCGAUGGCAUCCUGCCCAUCCACGUCGGCCUUGAGGUGCCGACGCCCGCGACCGCCGAGACGCUCUACCGUGGCUCCAAAGCAAUCCGCUACAUCCACAUCUACGAAGACCGCGACGUCUCGAUCGGGAUCUUUGUACUGCCGCCCGGGGCUACGAUCCCGCUGCACAACCACCCGGACAUGAGCGUCGUCUCCCGACUGCUCUACGGCUCGCUGCAUGUGACGUCCUACGACUUGGUGCCCGCUGAGGCCAACGAUGCGUUUUGGACCGCGCACGACCCGGGCGACGACCCGCCGUCCAUUUGGCGGCGCAAGAAGAAGCUCUUGCUCGCGCAGCAGCGCCAAGACCGCACGGGCAACCUCCACGAGUUCACGUCGGGCAGCGACAUUGGCUGUGCGAUCCUCGACGUGCUCACGCCCCCGUACGACCCGAGCCAUGGUCGAGACUGUACGUACUACCGCGUCGCGGCCGCGCUCGAGCCGACGCCGGACGACAGCGACCCGAUUUUUGCGCUCGAGGCUACGCCGGUGCCACCCCACUCGUUUGACAUUGUCAACCUCGCGUACCGCGGCCCUCCCGUCCUCGAGUGAGCCCUCGGAUUGCGCAUGUAGAGAGAUAGAAUUAGAUGUAGCCGCUCUCGACGAGAGUCCCAAGUCAUCACCACACACCCUUGAUGGCCUCGCCGACCGACCG